CUAGGCUAGCGCUACGCCGCGGCAAAUACUUUAUGUGCAAAUUGUGUGCGGUACAUAAAAAACUAAAGGAAAUUACUGUCUAUUCGUCUACGUAGUGUUUUAUACUGAUAGUCAUUAUGUUUAUAUUUGUGCUCGAAUUAUGUGCGUGUUUUGUGUUGUGUUUCGGGCAGAAUCAUGGAGUUAAAGGACACAAUGAACCGGAAUAUCCCACGAACUUGCAUAACGGCCUCAGCGAAGCGACGGGGAAUUUCUCAGUGGAGCUAUUAUAUCAUGCAGCAAAAAGGCAAGGGAAACAGAAUCUCAUAUUGUCGCCGAUUACAGCGUGGACGGUGUUGGCAGUGACGUCGGAAGGCGCACUUGGCAAUACACGGACUCAACUGGUCUCAGCCUUACGAAUCGAAAGAAACCGGACGGUUGCCAGGCAUAACUUCCAAGAAAUCGCGCGAUGGCUUCUCGUAAACACAACUACAGUGCAUCUUGCGAAAUUCAACGGAAUAUUUGUAGACAAGUCUAAAUCUCUGGAAGAUGACUUCCGUCAAUCUUCGAAAGAAUUUUAUGAUACGCAAACCGUCGAUUUAGACUUCAGAAACAGCGCAGCAACCGCCGCAACCAUCAAUGGAGCCGUGUCAUCAGCAACCAAAGGCAGAAUUCCUAAAUUAAUUGAUGAAAAUAGUUUGAGUGAUGCACAGAUGAUCAUCACUAGUGCAGUAUAUUUUAAAGGGCAAUGGACUGCGCCUUUUAAUGUCUCCUCUACAACUAAACAAAAUUUCUAUAACAGUAAUGGGACAAAAAUAGGUGAAGUAAACAUGAUGUACAAUAGAUACACAUACCCAUUUGCUAAUAUUAAGGAGAUUCAAGCAAGAGUUAUUGAGUUACCUUAUGGUGUUGAAAAUCGUCUGUCCAUGCUAUUAAUGCUGCCAAAUCCUGGCGUUACUCUAGAAGAUAUGUUCUUGAACUUCAAAAAAGUACCUCUAGAUACUGUAUUUCAAGAGCUGAAACUUUCUCAAGAAGAGUAUAGUGAAGAUGAAAUAGAUUGUUUCAUUCCUCGCUUCAAAAUUGAAUCAAGCAUUGAACUGAAUGAAAUUUUGAAAGUGGGAUUGGGAAUAUAUGACCUGUUUGACCCAGUGAAAGCUAAUUUGGGCCGCUUGGCUCGGAGACCCAUGUAUGUGAGUAGGGUUGUCCAUAAAGCUGAAAUUGAGGUUACAGAAGAAGGCACCACAGCAUCUGGGGCGACAGCUGCAGAGUUUGCAAACCGAAUUGGAGUUAUAAGAUUUGAAGCCAACAGGCCUUUUAGUUACCUUAUUGUGGAGAAAGUCACAAACACUAUUGUUUUUGGAGGAGUCUACCAACAGCCGAUUUUGUACUGAUCUUUAUAGCUAUAAUUGAAAACUAAAAUAACUGUAAUUAAAUUCUAUAACUUUUGUGUACACAAAU